AGUUACUUCUCCCCCUCCUCUCUCUCUCUGUCUGUCUGUCUGUCUGUCUGUCUGUCUGUCUGUCUUCCUCUUCUCACUUGGUCUCUCUCAGUGUUUCCACUGGAUGAAGAUUAGGUCACCACAAGAAGAAAAAGCAGAAAGUUUUUGACGUAGCAGAGAGGACGAGGACAGAGGAAGACGACGAGCACAAGAAUGAGAUGCAGCAGCCAUGAUGGCGUCCAUCAGAGUGCCAGGUCUGACCAUGCUGUGUUUACUGUCCGGUCUGGUCUUGGUCUGUGUUGAAGAGAGUUCGCCCCUUGAGUUGAUACCAUCAGCACCUGAAGUUCUGCUGAAUCCAAACUCCAGUUUCAUUGUGCUGUGUUCAGGGUGGAGUAAGGUGGUAUGGCAGCUUCCUCAGGAUUGGGACAUGGACGGGGUUGUUGUGGAAAACCAAGGAUCCACCAGUGUCCUGCGGCUCAACAACGCCACCUGGAGGCAUUCUGGGAAAUACACCUGUGAAGAGGCAUCAUCUGAUCAGACUCGAGAGAUAAACAUCUUCAUUCCUGGACAAGGUCCAGAUGAAUGGUUUGUUCCAGUGGGUCCUGGUCAUGUGAUGAAGGAAGGUGAAGAAGGUACCAUCCCUUGUGUGGUGUCCAACCCGCAGCUCAAUGUCUCGCUGUACCGACGGCCGGACAGGAUGCUGGUUACCACGGCAAGUUAUGACCCAAGCCGUGGUUUCACAAGCCCUCUGAACGAUACGUCAUAUGUGUGCAUGGCGUCCCUCGGAGGAGAGCAAAGAGAGUCUCAGGUCUACUAUGUCUUCAGUAUUGUGGUCCCUAAAGCCAUGGAGGUCGAGCUGACGGCAACCGAAAGUGUUUUACGGCAGGGUGAAAAUUUGACUGUUAACUGCACCGUCAAAGACAUCGAGAUGGUCUUUUUCUCCUGGAACUUUCCCCGCAGACAGGAUUUCGAGCCGCUGACGGAGUUUCUUCCCGGUCGAAUCCGAUCCUUCAUUAAAAUUUCUCCUGCAACACUUGCAGACUCGGGUGUGUAUGAAUGUGCUGUACAGGAAACAGUGCAAGAACAGACUGAGAAGAAAAACAUCACUGUCAGGGUACUCGAGCGAGGUUAUAUCCACCUUCAUCACUUGGCUGCCACAAAUAUUUCAUCUUUACUCCAUCAGACAGUUGUCUUGAGUCUGAACAUUGAUGCUCACCCAGCCCCCACCAUCAUCUGGACCAAGAACAACCAGACUGUUGCUAUGGAAACUAGUACUGUCACCACCACACACCUAAAGGACAGCAGGUAUGUGACCUCACUGGUGCUGGUUCGGAUCCAGAUGGAUCAAAGAGGAAGAUACAUUGUGACCAUUUCCAAUGAUGAUGACCUCAAGGAGGCAGUCUUUAACUUGGAGGUCAAAGUGCCCCCUAGGAUUACCUCCCUGGCAGAGGUCAGCAGUCAGACUGUGCUGUGUGUCGGUGAAGGAGCCCCGCCUCCGUCCAUCAGCUGGUACACCUGUCAGAGCUCACACAGGUGUGGUAACUUGAUGGGCGGCUGGCAGAACCUGUCAGCUGUGUCGGAGGGCGUGGCAUUACAUGAGAAUAUUACUGAGCAGGAGGGAAGGGGCGGACUCGCCCAGGUUCGCAGCCAGCUAAUUCUGCACACACUCGGAUCACUGACCGCCGUUCGCUGUGAGGCGAGAAACUCUGCAGGACGUCGAGCCUGGGACCUGCGCCUGCCGACCAGCUCUCUUGUCUCUCAGCUUGCUGUGCUGUCUGUGGUCUUGGUGCUGGUUGUCAUCACUGUCAUCUUCCUCACCAUCCUCAUCAUCCUCUGGAAAAAAAAACCUCGUUAUGAAGUUCUCUGGAAGGUGAUUGAAUCAGUGAGUCACGACGGACUGCAGUACAAUUACCUGGACCCCACCCACCUGUCAUACAACUCUGCAUGGGAAGUCCCCAGAGACAACGUGGUCUUGGGCCCGGUGCUGGGUUCGGGGGCCUUUGGUCGAGUGGUCCAGGCUUCGGUCUCGGGUCUGUUUCACGCUCACUCUGUAACCAAGGCGGCAGUAAAGAUGCUUAAACCCAGCAGUGGUGCAGCUCAGUCUCUGAUGUCAGAGUUGAAGGUUCUCAUCCAUAUUGGUCCACAUAUGAACGUGGUCAACCUGCUGGGAGCAUGCACGCGAAACGGUCCCAUCUACCUCAUCACCGAGUUCUGUUGCCAUGGAAACCUGGCAGGCUUCCUGCAGUGUAACAAACACACCUUCCAGCAGUCGGACUGUCAGCAGAAAAGUGACACUGAUGGUGGCUACAUGGACAUGACAAAAGAGGACGGUGCUCAGUACGUCGCCAUGCAACAGCUCAGCUCCGCCUCCGUCCAACCUGCCAUGUACGAGACUCCGUACGCACACAAAGGUGACAUCAUUGUGAAUGUUGAUGCAGCAUGUGAUCAAUUCCAGACGUGGUUUGUGGUCUGA